CUUCCUCCACUCGGUUCCCAACGCGACCGUCCCCCCCCUCCACCUCUUCCUUCUUCAUCCGCAUCAAAAGUUCUAGUGGUGGGCGCGACGGGACGCGUAGGUGGCUUGGUCGUGAAAAUCCUCGUGUCAAGAGGAUAUCAAGUCGUGGCCCUUGCCCGCGACCCCGACAGCGCACCCGCCAAAGCCCUGGCACUUCUGCCUCUCGCGCAAGAAGAUGAAAAAGGGACGGUCGGCAAGGUUACUAUCAUGAAGGGGGACGUGACGGAUCCUUCCUCGUUGCUUGCACCAAUACGUGGGUGCGUGGCGUGCAUUGCAGUGAGUGGGGCCAGUCGCGUCACGCAUCCUCUCAUGGACACGGCCGCCUUCGUUCUCCACGCCAUCCUGCAUCUGAUCUCCUUGGCCAAGCGAGCUGUCACUCCACGGGAGUGGAGCGCUUCCGACUCUUCCUCUUCUUUUGACUCCCGCUAUCACUCCGCCUCCUCCCUUGCGACCACUUACCCCAGGGAGCAUCCCUACAACGUCAACUACCUCGGAACGCUCAACCUCCUGCAGGCCGCCCGGCAAGCUGGCGUGCCCAAGUUCAUCCGCGUCACGGGCCUGAGUGUGGGCUACUCGGCCUUCAACCCCAUAACCUGCCUCUUGAACCUGGUCAUCUCCUUCGCAGUCCGGUGGCAACUAGCGGGAGAGCGGGCGAUCCGAGCCUCGGGUGUCGAUUACACCGUGAUCAGGCCUGGGGCCCUCACCGACGCAGCGGCGGCACCAGAGAGUCUGGUAGGGAAAGGGGACGGGGGGAAGAUCCCAGUGGGGAGGGUGAGUAGGGAGGACGUAGCCUGCCUGUGUGUGGCCGCGCUGGAGUCUGCAAAGGCGUCGAACAUGACGCUGUCCCUAGCCGGGUCCAAGGCGGGAAGAAGAGAGGUGGGGCAUAAGGGUCCAGGAAGCGUGGAAGGGCCUUCGUCGAAGUCGACGAGCAGCUCGGGGCCUCUCGAUUCCAAGGCUGCCUUUCCCGCGCCUGGGCCCUCACGGGGCAUGAACAACGACCCCCUCUGGUCCUAUAAAAUCCUCCUCCGCCGAGAAGGACGUCCUGACGAGCAGGGCUGUGGAAGGGUGGGCACGCACUUGGGCGAUGGCUCCGACAGCGCGCCUUGCCACCACAAGAAGGAAUUCCAGCCACGAUGA